UGUGAGGCUACAAACAGUGUCGGAAAAUCUUCUGGAACAUUUCACAUUAUAGUUCAGUACACGCCACGUGUCAGUGUAGAUCAGAGGAUAGCCGUAACAAAUUGUAAUCUGGUGGUCGAAUUACAGUGUUUUGUGGACGCCAGCCCUCAACCUCAGGUUUGGUGGAAUGGUGUUUCCAUGGAUCCAUUAAAACAUAGUUUAUUAAACAACAAUAUUCUACACAUCAAAACCAUAAAUUGGACGGAUAUAGGAAAUAUAACGUGUUCUGCAAGAAAUGAAGCUGGUUAUGCUGAAGCUACGCAAACAAUAUCUGGUAAACCAACAGUUCCAGUUCUCUCCAGCAGACCUGGAACCAAACCAAAUAUUCAGGUUGUGUACGGUCAAAGUGUAUCUGUGAGCAGUGUACUGUUUUUUAAUAUUCAAACAAGAAACAUUAAUAGGCGUACAGAUAUUAGAGAUUCUGAAUGGAAUAUAACAUUGCUGGAAACUACUGCGCGUACCAAUCAAUGCUUCAGCUUUAGUAUCGAAGUUGAUGUACAUGAUUGCGUACAAGUGAUUGUAACAGCUGAAAACAAUUUUGGAACCUCCCUCCCUUCCCCCACCCUCACACUACAGUCAGUUUUUCCGCCCCAGAGUUCUGGAGGCAUAGUGUACUGCAGUACAGUUGUACUCAGCUGGAAACCGUUUUUCAUAAACGUACUUUUCUUAGUAUUAAACAUAUCCUUAUCCUUUCAUUACUCCUGAUGAACAUGGAAUAAACUAAUUUUUGCAGGUUCAGUAUUAUUUCAGAGAAAUGGAUAUUUUUAUAAUAUGCAAUAUCCAACAGCUUAUGUUUUAACAUUCAACAAAAUAUUCACAAAGAACACUUUGUAGAUAUACAGUGAAAACUCUAGAAUAGGAAGAUGGUUUUAGACUCAAUUGAUGGUAUUUAAUAGUCAAAUGUAAAUGGAACAGAGCAAUUGUGCAUUGCACACAGACCAUUUCAAUUUUAAAUAAUCUUUUAAGAUAAUAAUUAAACUAUUAACUUUGUUUAAAAAUUAAAUACACUUUGAAUAUUUUUAAUGUCGUCUUCCCACUUCACAGAUUUCCUGGCUCUCAAUGUAUGUAUAUAUAAAUAUCUCAAAAACCCUUUAUAAAAUACGAAUAAUAUUCCUCAUUUUUGUACUUUUGGAAUAAAAUCAAAAAUCUUACUGAUGAAAGAUGUCUCAAAAAAAACCUGAGCACUUUUGCAAUGAAAAAGUAGGGUUUCCAUUCACAAUGUUUGCAACAGUAGCACAAAAUAUACAAAUCGUUAUGUGCCUAAAUACUUAGAUUUAUCUUGAUGCAGGUUACAACUAGAGAUUGUAUUAUCCAUCUGUAUGUCGAAUGAAAAAUACAAAUUUUGAGCAUCAUUGCGCUAAAUGCUACUCGUAAACCUACAGAUGUGAUAUCCCAUUAUAGCUAUCAUUUUUUUUAACUAAAUAAUAUAAAAUGCAAUGAUAGCAGUUUUUAACAGAAUUAGGUAUAAAUUUUGUGAAUUGAUGAAAUGAAAAGCCCAUGGAAACUCUAUGAAA